AUGGCAGGUACAUUGAAACCAGAUCCAGCUUUUCAAAAAUUCAACGUUCUUAAGGAAAAGUACGGUACCUACUUCCGUUUUACGCCAAGAUCUAUCGCUUUUGUAGCGUUAAGUAUGGUGGCUGUCCCUUCUGCUCUCACAUACUUUGCUUAUGGAACUGAUGGUCAAAUUAAUUACAACAGAAAGUUCAGACAAGCAAAGGUUUUGCACGGUGAAGAUUAUGUUCCAAGGGCAAAGGACUUGUAG